AUGGCUCAGGACCCGAGUGACGGAAUUGAGCAGGAGUUGCUCAAUCAUGCCCACCUGAUCUCUGCCAAUCAUUAUGCCGACCAGGCACGCGUCGACCUAGCCCAAGUCACCAAAUGGCUAAUGGCUGCUCCUCAAGUUGCGAAAGACAAGGCCCCAUUCUUCUGGACUUACCUCGACCGACCCCGCGACGGCCAGAUCUACCUCACAUGGCAACCUCUUAAGAGGCUAGGAACAAACUUUGCCAGCGAUGGCAUGGUCUGGGGCCCUGAACAAUACCACCGCCAGGAUGUUGGCAAUGGACUGUCUCUCGAGAUUCACUACAUCAAAUCGGGUUUCAUCCCCGGCGAGCAAGUCGCCAUGCACGCUCGACGAAGAUUCCGUCUUGUGCCUUCACAGACCGGCGUGAUGAACGCGCCGCAGCCGGACAUCAGCCUCUGGAUUGUCCACUACGGCCCGUCGGACCCUCCUGACCGCGUCCCAGUCAAUCUGAUUCCCGUUUCUCAAGAUACGCAGCACAUUAUGGCUACCCGCAACCAUCUCCAGAAGUGCGGCCAGAUUGCUCGCAAGGACUUCAUGCUUUCUGAUCGCGCCAGUUGGCCGAACAUCCAGUUUCCGCGCAACGGUGGGCGACCUCAGAUGUACAACCCUCCGGCCCAGUCAAGGCGCGUUCCUCAACAAAUGGCCUAUCCCCCGGCCGGCCCCCAGGGUCGUCGGGGUCGCCAGACACAGGCUCAAGCUCAAGCCCAGGCUCAGGCGCAAGCACAACAGCAAGCAAUGGCUCACGCUGAGGCCAUGCACGAUGAUGAGGAGCUGGAGAAGGAUCUUUUUGAUCAUCUCACCCCGAGAGACAUCUCUUUUGCGCGUUACCAGCAGAACCACGAGUGGAUGGAAGAAAUCGUGUCCUCUCCAUACGGCUUGGCCCAGAUUGCGCCUCCCGAUCUUGGACUCGGACUCAGAGGAGAACUUGCGUCUCUUACCGACGGCAUCUUUACUGCUCAAGGUGCUAAUGCGCUCACUGAAGUACCUCAGAAGCCGUACAUUGGUCGCCUCGAGCCUGGUCUCGCGGACGAGUUCAGGAAGAGAGUGCAGGAGCAUCUGGAAUCGACCAAGGCAGAGAUGGAAAAGAUGAAGGCAGAGCACGCCAAGAAUCUUGCCAGCCUCAAGGCCAGCUCUGUAUACGUCGAUGCCGAGAAAGAAGUCAAGAACUCCAUUCAGGAGCGGGGUCCUGAGCUUUGGCGUCUUGAAGGCCAUUCCACAGAUUCGGACGAUAACGCAGGCGCGUGGCCGCAAAAGCACAACAAGAAGGUGGACGAUAUCGUGGCUCAGGUUGAGGCAAACCUUGGCCGCCAUAUUGAGGUCCUUCACAACGUUCAUCGCAUACAGGAUGGAGGCUUUCAGGAGCCAGCACCGGAGCCUGUGAAAGAACCGACACCUAUACCAGCACCUGUAGUCUCCCCUCCGGCCGCUGCAACUGGCGCUGAGCCAAGCGGUGAUGCAUCGCGGAGACCAUCUCAGGCUGGUUCCCAACAUAGUGGCGUCAUGGUUGGCGAUUCUGACAUCGACAUGGGCGGUACCGCCGCGGGUCUUCUUGAUCAGAUGCACACCGGUUUCUCUGCUACUUCAACACCUGUAAACAACUUUCCCACACCGCAGACUCACAUGUCCGCGCUCAACUCGACAGCCGGCACCCCCGCCAACGCGAACACGGCUUCGCCGGCACCGGUUCCACCGACGAUUCCUGAGGAGCCUGAAGCCCAGGCUGCCUCAGGCGCCGGAGAGGAUGUCACGAUGGGCAACACUGAACCGCCAAAGGACGCUCCCACCGCACCUGACCAGGGAACGGGCAGCGGUGAUUGGGUGGUCGUGCCCAAGGGGGGCGUGUCACCUGACCCAGCUGCUGCGGCUGCCAACAACACCAUGGCUGAGGCCGAGGCUCCCAAGCCGACUCCCAAGGCCCCCUCUGCUGCUGGAACACCUGCAGGAGAAACUCCCGGUGGCUUCAGCUCUCUGCCUGACCUUGACUCUGCCGGUGACGCAAUGGCUAGCUACGGAGCAUCCUUGGGUGACGGAUUGGACAUGAACGCGGAGAUGGACGAUUCUGCGUUUGGUGACGCUUUCCACGGCAUUUCUAACACAAAUACGCCCGGAAACCAAUCGGAGGGAGCUUAG